GGAAAUCGCAAAUGGUGCUCUUGCGGCAACUGUCAAGAGAUGCCAACAGAAAACGAGUGUAUAUGCUGCCAAGAAAUGGAUGUACUAGGUGAUCGACUCGAUCUGGAAGAUAAUUAAUUCUUCUCAAAUAAAAUCUUUGUUUCUGAAGUGAUAAUUUUUUAUUUUUUUACUAAAGAACGGCGCAGUGCCCGCAAUGGAUUUAUUUCACCCUGCUAACUGAGUGAUAUGAACUAUCACUGAAAUUGCAGGUAACAAGCUUCAGUGUAUUACAGAGCACGGAUCAUUUGGACCCGUGUGUUUACUAGCGGACGUCUUGAGAACAGCCCUAGUUGGCAUGCACCAAGUGAGAAAUGACAGACUUGAAGAUUAUCCGUCAAAUGAGUAAGCACCGACAGAAUAAAUAUUUUUCACAAAAUUCAUGCAAACAAAACGCUUUAGUUGUUUACGAGUUCGUGUGACGCAAACCCUAAGAAACAAAUGCAGUGUUGUCAGCCCUUUCAAUACAAGUGGUGUUGUAGUCUUUUGUCUGAAGGGUGAACUUCAUCGCUAUAUUUAAUUGUAAAGAGCCAGUACACCUCUUCAGUUUGUGUGCUUUGUUUUCCUAAUGGAGGUAAAUUAUGAGUAAAUAUGGACGUGGACGAGACAAAAUUGAAAGAAGGAGUUCUUAUGAGAAUCAUCACAUCACUUAAUGAGGGAAAAUAAGAAAGGGAAACUUGCUACCUGUAAAUAGAGCCUUAGUCAAACGGCGAGCCCCAGGAAGUCUCCCUUUGUCACACAAUGUUAGCUUAAGAUAUUGAUCUCAUUUCAAAUGAGCCCCUGCUUGGCGAAGUAGAAUUUGUUUGUUUCAACUGCAUUUGUCUGGGUUCUGUUCCGAGCAUGUAUCAAUGUCUUUUGUUUUUUCCUAGGAGUAUGCGAUUGGCAGGUUAUAGACAGUUUACUUGGUGGACUUAUAACAGACUUGGUAAAGGGAACAGACGCGUGAUUCCUUCGUGUGUUGUGGCAUCAAUAAGACGUAAUUACCCAGAUGCAGCCGGAAAUUAUACAGGCAUUAAAAGAUGCCGAGGACAAUGA